AUGACUAUUUGGGCUAUGCUCAUUGUUGAAAUGGUGGAUCCCUACAUGAAGGAUAUGGUUGGCCUAGGUAUGUUUGACGACUGCGAGCUGUGCCAGACGGCGACGAACUCUGUCAUGCAAGCGAAUUUGCUGCUAUUCAAGACUGUCAUUGCGGGCGAUAGCUGGGGACAAAUCGCUGUGCCGGUCAUUCUCCGACAUCCUGAGACCUCUGUGAUCUUUGUGGGUUCGCUGCUGACCUUGGUUUUUGGUGUGCUGAAUCUGGGUUGCUGUUAA